CUUGUUUCAUAUCCCUGAUCUUACAAAGCAGGCAAAAAGUUCCUUUCACCGAUACUGUUUUUCCAAGCAGAGAAAUGACUUUUCUACAUCCUCAGCCGAACAGAUUGGCCAGCUGGCUUUUCUGCUUCCUUGCUGCCUUCGGUUUCGUCCAAAGCGAGAAGCUGCUGGUGAUACCUCAAGAUGGAAGCCACUGGCUCAGCAUGCGUAGCGUGGCAGAGAAGCUUCAGGAAAGGGGACAUGAAAUAGUGGUGGUGGCGCCAGAAACCAAUUUGCUCUUAAGAGAAUCAGAGUAUUACGAGAGAAAAACAUACCCAGUGCCAUACACACAGGAGGACCUCAAAAUGCAAUUUCAAAAAUUUGCUACAAAUCUGUUCCAUAAAGUUUCAUUUCCUUACACAAUUUUUCAAGAAUACCGGAACAACAUGUAUGUAAUAGACAUGUUUUUUGACAACUGUGACAGUCUUCUGAAGAACAGAGAAGUCAUACAAUACUUGGAACAAAGUCGUUUCGAUGCACUUUUGACGGAUCCAGCUUUGCCCUGUGGAGUCAUCCUAGCCGAACAUCUCUCCAUCCCAUCUGUGUACUUCUUUCGUGGAUUCCCAUGCAGUUUAGAGCAUGCAAUCUGUAAAUCUCCGAACCCUGUUUCCUACAUCCCAAGAUGCUAUACCAGGCACACAGACCAAAUGACUUUUGCCCAACGUGUGGUUAAUCUAUUUGUUAAUUCUUUCGAGACUUCGCUUUUUAAGACUCUGUAUAACAAGUAUCAAGAUAUUGCUUCGGAGUUUCUACAGAGAGAGGUUCACUUACCGACACUUUACAGAAAUGGUUCUAUCUGGCUUUUGCGCUAUGACUUUGUAUUUGAGUAUCCCCGGCCUCUUAUGCCUAACAUGAUCUUCAUAGGAGGUAUAAACUGUGAGGAACGAAAACGUCUGCCACAGGAAUUUGAAGCUAUAGUGAAUGCAUCUGGUGAACAUGGCAUUGUGGUGUUUUCUUUGGGUUCAAUGGUCUCUGAGAUUCCAAUGAAAAAAGCCAUGGAAAUUGCUGCAGCGUUGGGAACAAUACCUCAGACGGUGCUGUGGAGGUAUACAGGAGAAGUGCCUUCCAACCUUGCGAACAACACGAGACUCGUCAAGUGGCUUCCACAGAAUGAUCUGCUGGCUCACCCCAAAGCCAGAGCCUUUAUCACCCAUGCGGGCUCUCACGGGAUUUACGAGGGAAUCUGCAAUGCCGUCCCCAUGGUGCUGAUGCCGCUCUUUGGAGAUCAGAUGGACAAUGCCGUACGGAUGGAAUCUCGGGGAGCAGGAGUGACCCUCAAUGUGCUUGAAAUGACUUCCAAGGACCUCUCCGAUGCACUGAAGGCUGUUAUUUACGAUAAAACGUAUAAAGAGAAUAUCAAGCGUCUCUCAGAACUCCACUUGGACAGACCCAUCCACCCUCUUGACCUUGCAGUGCAUUGGGUGGAAUUUGUGAUGAAACAUAAGGGAGCUCCCCAUUUGCGACCAGCAGCCCACGACCUCAACUGGGUCCAGUACCAUUCCAUUGAUGUUAUUGCCUUCCUCUUGGCUGUUGUCCUAAUCGUUCUGUACAUCUCACUGGAGUGCUGUCUCUUCUGCUUUAGGAAGUGUGGCUGGAAAAAGGGAAGACUGAACAAGAAAAGCAAAUCAAAAUCCCAGUAGAAGAAGGGGUUAGGAGGAGAGGAAGGGAAUAAGGCACACCUGUAUCAGCCUCAGAAUCCCUGGAGCCAAUGUGUUAAAUCAGUUCGUUUAGCCAUUUCAGCCAGUUCAUGCUGACACACAUGCAUGCAUGCAUUUUGACCAAUGAAAUAAUGAAUAUAAGUAAUUUGGAACUCUGAACAAUCUGUAAAUUUCAAGGCAGACUCCAGAACGCUGCAGUUCAUUGAUAUAAGAGGAAAUCAGUUGUCUGUAUUGCCUAUUAAACAUUUCAUUGCCUAUGUAGGAAUGAGUGUCACUGAUUCUCACACCAGAAAUAUAAAGAUUGAUAAAGCAAAGUGUAAAUGCCCUCAAAGCUGUGUCUACCCUUGGAAAUGAAAUCAAGCAUUGGUGGUUCUUCUAAACAAAUUAAUUUAGUGAAUUGUGUAAAACUGAUAAGAUUGUUAAGGACAAGUUGCAUAAUGGAAACUUGUGAUUUGCUGGUUACAGAUAUUAAUGGAGUUCGAACCGGUCUCCAUUUCCCCUGUCCCUUUGAUAUUGUUGGGAUGACUUUGUAUAAGGAUACUACAAAAUUUUUACCAAGCUGUUAUUUGUUCUGUCCUAAGAUCCCUGUUUUUGAAUGACUAUUUACUACAAGCCCUCUGUGAUGUCUAGAUGAAAACUGAACAACCCAAAAGCAGUAUUUAAAUGUUAAGUAUGAUUAUCAAAGCUCUUCACUAAAUUAUCUUGUUCUCCUUGCAAAUAAACCUAUAUGGCAGGUCAUGUUACCCUCUCCCUAUUACAGAUGGGGACUCCACCAAGAGAAUUCAUGGCAGAGACAACGUUUGAACCAGGGAUUUCCUCUGUCUCAGUUGCUUGGCUUCUGUGCUACACAUCUGCCUUGCAGAUGUUAGGGUCAUGAACGCACCAAUCAGGCAAGCCAGGCAGCAUCUUGUCUGGGCAAAAGCACAAUUAUUAUUCAAAUAAAUCAUUCUUCUAACUCUUAUUUGCCACGCUGUCAAAGCGAGAAUGUUUUUUUUAAUCUGAAAAAAAUUGUGGUGUUGGCCCUGUUCAAUUGCUGUAUGACCCCCAAAUGGAACAAUGCGGUAAGCUCCAAUAAUUUUUGGAAGAGAGAGCCCGCGAAGAAAUUGCAUAUGAUAAAGAGUGGUUCUUGUUUCCUCAAGUGGAGGAAGAUGGACCCGAUCAAUCGUAUCUGCUGAUGGGAUUGUGGGCCGGAAACAUCUUUUGGCUCGGUACUCCUGCAGCUUUAAUGAACAAAAUUAAUUCAGUAUCAGCAUACCUGAACAAUCUAAAAGAAUGUAUACCCAUAUUAUGAGUAUUCAUAUAAUUAAUAAAAGCAUACCAAACUUGCAGAAGA